AUGUUUGGCUAUGUUUAUCAUCAUAUCACGGAGCUGCAUGUAAAUCCGUAUGAUCCAAACGGAAAAACUCAAGAACGACCGGAACGAACAACCCUAAUCUAUUCCAGACUACAAAAUGAUGGUUUACUUGAAGAUGCAAUAAACAUAAAAAUUCGAGCAGCAGAAGACUGGGAAUUAUGCCUAAAUCAUCCACAUGAACUGAUCAAAGAACUUGAAGAACUGAAAACAGUGGAUGAAAUGGAGAAAUAUUGCAAAGGACACGAAUUACUUUGGCUAUGUCCUGAUAGUGUCCGUAUUGCUCGACUUGUCGUUGGUGGUGUCAUCGAUUUUGUACGUGCCAAUAUUGAGGGCAGAAUUGGUAAUGGUUUUGCAAUUGUACGACCACCAGGUCAUCAUUCAUAUGGGAAAUUACCGCAAGGAUUUUGCAUCUUUAAUAAUAUCGCAAUUGGCGCUAAAUAUGCUGUUGAAAAGUUAGAUUUCGAUUAUCACUGUGGUAAUGGAUUAUAUCAUUCAUUCAAAGGCGAUAAUCGAUUUUUGUACAUUAAUUUUCAUGCUUAUCAUUAUGGAGCAUUUUGGCCAUAUGAGGAAGAAUAUGAUUAUGAUAACAAAUAUGAUAAUAUCGUAUCAAUUCCUCUGAAUUGUGCAAUGAAUACAGAAGGUGAUUACAUUGGUGCAUUACAACAUCUUGUGAUACCAAUUGCCAAAGAGUAUCAACCGGAGUUAGUAUUUGUAGCACUUGGAUUUGAUAGCGCUUAUUAUGAUGAUUUAUUAGAACAUGGACAAGGCAUAAAAGCUCAUGGAUAUGGCCAUAUGAUGAAAAUCUUGGAUGACCUUUGGCCUAAUAAAGUUUUGGCUAUUUUGGAAGGUGGUUAUUUUAGUGGAAGUUACACCGAGUGUGCUGCUAUGGCUGUACGAGGUUUACGAAGAAUGAAAUUGCCAAGAUUAAAACAUCCCAAACAAAUUAAUGCAUGUAUGGCAGAAACAUUAUGGAAUAGUUUAUGUUAUCAUGCAAAAAGAUGGAAGAAUAUUGCGGAGCAUUUGGAUAAAUUGCAAGAUAUGCAGGUUAACCAUGGAUUGCCAAAAUAUGUACCAUCAUCCAUCAAAAUUUUUGUUGGUGAAAAUUUUCGUAAAUUAUGGAAUGAUGUACAAGAAUUAAAGGUAGCACGAACACGUGAUUGGAUUGAUGGAAUGUCUGAUGAAGAUAUAUGCAUUGCUAAUGAGAAGAUUAAUGAAUACAUAAAGCAAUAUGAGUACGAUAUUCCAACCGAUGAAUUGACAGAAGAUGAAUUUCUCCAGCAAUUAUUAUGGCAUUCAGAACGACGCGGUGAAGCAUUUUUGAAAUCGAUCCCAACAACGCUUUUCUUUUAUAAUAGUAUGAAAGAAUGUUUGAAAAAUGAGAAUGGCAUCUAUUUAAUUAUCGAUAUGUCAGCAUAUCGUAAAGCUGCUCAUCAAUAUCGUAUUAUGCAGAAAAAUCAAAUCUGA